AUGGAACAGGACAAACUUUUGACUCUCGUUUUUACAUUUUUGUUGUUGUGUUUGACAGUUAUCGACACAGCUUCUGAUGCGGCAAACAAAGGAGUUUACAAAGUACGGGUAUAUAGCUCUGGUGUUCCCUGCAUAAUUGUUCAAGCUGAUAUAUACUUGUACCUUACAUAUCAAACAAGUGAUAGUGAAAAAGAUGUGGUUGUCCACGUGCCAACUUCUUCGACUGCGGAUACUGCUGUAUCCACUUGUGACACAUAUAUAGCUACUGCUGGCAUGUCGGUUCCAGCUCAACUUCUACGAAUUAAUUUGUACCACAUGGCCGGAUGGACGAUUGAUCUUGGUUUCACUGAAGACAAAAGAUUCAAAACGGAAGGAAAAGAAUUCACACUUUUCCAAGUGAACGUAACGGCUAAUUUUUCAUCAGACCCAUCAUCAUUUCCAAAUGCAAAAUACCCAACUCAAAGCUACAAUCUUCACAUUGAUCCAAACAAUCUCUCCGAUUUGAGCGGUUCAAUAUACGCCGAUAUUGGGAACUCAUACUAUUGUCCGAGUGAACAGAAAUAUGCUAUUAACGACGAUGUGGCUUACAUAAAGUUUAAAUUGACUACUAUUCAAGCAUACAUGAAAAGUGCUUCAUUUGGACCAAAGCAAGUAUGUCCGUCAGAUGAAAACACUACAGAUUUAGUACCAAUUAUUGUUGGAUCUGCACUGGCUGGGUUGAUCGUUCUGACGCUCGUGGUUUACUUGAUAUACCGAACAUUUCUGCCGGAAGAAGUUCUAAACUUGGUCAACCCAGAUUCCCAUUUUGGCAGUGACAGUGGAAACGAACUGAGUAAAGAUGACAUCCUUGAACGAUUUUAG